AUGUAUUUGAAAAUAUGGCUAGCCUUGUUCGUUGUCGCAUGGGCUGCUCCUCCCCAGAGAGUUAAUCAACCUGAGCCUGUUACGUCUACUCAUGCUCCUUCACCAGCACCAAACUCGGCUGAAAACGCCAAGCACGAUGAUGCUCAUGAGAGCGGACGUCGAAACCCUUAUGAACUGAGCUACAAUCGUUAUCUUGAGAAGGUUGUGGAAAUCUUAGAAAGUGAUAAGAACUUCCGUGAACGUCUUAGAGAUAUGCCAGAAGAACAAAUUAAGGAAGGUCGUAUUGCUGAUCAUUUCCAUGAAUUGCCAAAGGAGAUUCACAAUCAAUUACAUAAAAUAAAGUUGGAAGAAAUUGAAUCUAUUAGGGCUCAAAUUGAAAAACAGAUAGAGGCUGAUAAAGGAGCUCAUAACAUCAAAAUACCCGAACAUCUUGACUUAAACCAGUGGGAAACAUUCGGGCAAGAAGAUCUUCGAAUGCUCAUCAAGAAGACCGUAGCUGAUAUGGAUGAGAUUGAUAAUCAGCGUAGGGAAGAGUUCAAAAAGUAUGAAAUGCGUAAGAAAGCCGAAAGGGAUCACAAACUGGCCAGCAUGACCGAACAGGAGAGAGCUGCUGAAAUGAAUAGAGAGGAACAAUUGAAAAAACGUGUUCAUGAAAAACUCAAACACCCAGCCAGCAAAACUCAACUUGAAGAUGUUUGGGUUGAAAGCGACAAGAUGACUAAAGACACUUUCAAUCCCCGCACCUUCUUUGGUCUUCACGAUUUAAACGGAGAUGGGUUCUGGAAUUCUGAAGAGUUGGAAUCUCUAUUCAAUAUCGAACUGGAAAAGAUGUACAACUCUACUGACCCUGAUUAUGAUGCAAGAGAAAAAACUGAGGAGAUGUACCGCAUGCGUGAACAUGUCGUCAAACAGAUGGAUAAGAAUGGCGAUCGUCUGAUUAGUUUAGAAGAGUUUAUGCAGGAUACCGAAGCUCAAACUGGCGGUCAAGAUAAAGGAUGGGACGAGUUAUCAUCUGAAGACUUGUUCACUCCUGAAGAAUUGAAAGAAUAUGAAGAUGUUUUAGCUAAAGAAAUGAAUUGGGGUGAUAAUGCUUAUGAUUCGAAAAUUGAUAAUACUAUACAUGAUCAACCACAGGUACAAAACAGUAAUGCUGGUGCUACACAUAAUCUUAAUGCUGAUACUCAAAAUGUCCAUGUUGAACCUGCACAGCGUCCAACUGUGGACCCUACAUAUGGAAUUUGA